AUGCCGGACCUGUCGGCCGGAGCUGUGCGCGGCCAGACGGACCUGCAGCUGACCGCCGGAGCAGCCGUGCGAGGGCAGACCGGCUGGUGCACGCAGACCGGGCAGUACUACGACCCGACCUCGCCACACGCAGCUCCCCAGCAAUGCUGCUUCUUCCAGGGAUCGUGGUACACCCCCGGCAGUGACGUGACGGCGCACCUGGACACCUGCGUGACGUACGUGACGUACUGCACGUCGCUCGGACACCUGCAGACGAAGCAUGACGUCAGCCCCUGGUGCUGCGCCGUCGACGGCAGGUACUUUCCGCACGGUGACGUCACCUACAGCGAACCUAGCGGCUGCCUGGUGAAGUGCGAGAUGGGCACGCAGGUGAUCCAAGGUGACUGGACGCUGUGCUCGAACCCGCCUCCGGACGCGCAGAAACAAGAUGGCUGCCCCCACCAAGGUCAGCACCUCGCCACCAACGUUACCAUAGUAACCUACCGGGACAACUGCACGACGGUUGGUCUGAGGUGCCACCCAUCCGGUCUCAUGGUCAACUUCACCUUGUCAAAUCCGAACUGCUGCAUCAAAGAUGGCGUCUUCUUCCCGCCCGAAUCGCUCGUCGAAUCGGAGGCUACUUUCUGCCAGGCGCGGGGGCUGUACUGCCGCAAAACGGGCGGGCGGCUGGAGCCGUUCUCUUACGACAACCCGCGCUGCUGUAGCUAUGGCGGGAAACUUUACGUUCCCGGUGACGUCAUCACGUCACACAGCGUCGGCUGCGUCACCACGGAGACGUUCUGCGACGACAGCGCGCAGGGACAGGGGCUGGUCGUCAUGGCAACGCACGCGGAGGACAACUGUUCAUAAAUCGAUGCAAAACUAGAAAAGUAACAUUUGCAAAACAAAUGCAUAAUGUGUACCUUUGCAUACGGUCUGCUCUGUUGAUUCUUACUCAAACACAUUCACAUACAGGUAACUUGUUAUAUGGUGACAAGAGCCUAAAUGCCUAUGAAAUUGCAACAUUAUGUAGCCAAAUACCAGUUACUAUGGUGACAGACGUCAACAAAUGAGGCCAUUGGCCAGGUCAGAGGUUACUUUUGGAGAAGAGGAGGAAGAAACUGAGCUAAAACAAUGUUUUCCUUCGGUAUACAUAACUGUGAAAAUGUCAGCUUAGUUUAAUUGGCACUGUGUGUAGAUUCAGAAUAAAGUCUAACGUUACAAAACUGUCAUUUCUGUGUUCUACACUUUUGUUUCGUUGUGCUAAA